AUGAGCACUGGAUUGUUCGAUCGCCAGCCGUCAAAACCGCAGGCUCGCCCAUUGCUUCAAUUCAAGGCAGGGAAGAUGACUAUGAACCCGGAUAACAGUGUACACGCAGACGCACGUAAGGGCUGCGCCUAUCUCUACCAGACACCUGGCGAUUGCAGUGUGCACUUUUGCUGGUUCGACCGCCGUACUGGCCUCAUUGAGGAGAAUUUUGUACUGGUACCUCGUGAGGCCGAGUUCAAGCCUGUGCCGCAGUGUAAAUCGGGCCGGGUUUUUGUGCUUAAGUUGAGCGCGCCGCAACGGCGCUUUUUCUUGUGGAUGCAGGAGCCCAACGCCAGUAACGAUGCACAAAUCUGCGAGACGGUCAAUAAGUUCAUUAACACCCCGCCUGCACCCAUCGGCAGCUCGGUUGCUGGAAGUUUGGUCUCUUCGCGCUCCGCUGGACGCAUGGCCGAUUUUUUCAGUGGAAUGCGGGGCCUCUCUGGCAUGAACCAGAACGAUCUACUUACACUUUUCUCCAUGGGCAUGGGCUUCGGAUUUUCAUCAGAGGGUGAAAGUUCGGCACAAGCGUUGCCGGUACCAACUGGUCGCCUUCCAUUCUCUAGUCGGGUGGAGGCGCCGGCUAUGCACACCGCCUCCUCAAGCUCCGUAUCCGCCAUCCCUGCCUCCAAUUCUGCCCCCGCAGCAACUGGUUCCUCCUCAUCUACUGGUGACAGUCAACCCGGCAAGCUUCGUCUCCAGGAUCUCCAUUCCAUCCUCUCCGCUAUCCAAUCAGCUACUACUUCUGAU